AUGGCGGAAGAUUUGGUUCUCGAUACGGCGAUUAGAGAUUGGGUUUUGAUCCCUCUCUCCGUCGUGAUGGUUCUCAUUGGUGUUCUUCGGUACUUCGUCUCUAAGCUCAUGCGAUCAUCUCCAACUCCCGAUGCGAAGAUGGUCAAAGAAGGACAAAUUGUUAUUAGGGCUCGGAAUCUGAAAGCCGGAGCCAAUUUUAUCCCGCCUAAAUCUUUCCGAUCUCGGAGAUUCUACUUCAGCAACGAGGAAAAUGGACUGUUACAUGUUCCCAAAGACCAAGCAGCUCAAAACCCACAGGCCCAGAUGUUUUCUGAUCCUAACAUGGCCAUGGAUAUGAUGAAGAAAAAUCUGUCAAUGAUUAUACCUCAGACGCUCACUUUUGCAUGGGUCAACUUCUUCUUCUCUGGGUUUGUUGCAGCAAAAAUACCAUUUCCGCUGACUCAGAGGUUCAGGUCAAUGUUACAGAACGGGAUCGACUUGAGCACUGUCGAUGUUAGCUAUGUGAGCAGCCGUUCAUGGUACUUCUUAAACUUGUUUGGAUUAAGAGGCCUAUUCAGUCUUAUUCUUGGAGAUGAAAAUGCAAUUGAUGAUACCCAACGAAUGAUGCAAAUGGGUGGAUUUGGUUUUGAUGCAUCAAAGAGCUUGAGUGCUGAGAAGGAUGGUCUCGACAUUCUUCAACAUGAAUGGGUUUUACCUGGAUUCGAGCACCGUGCAGAAUCCGUUUUGAGAAAACUCGUCCAGUAG